AUGGACGACUCGCUGCCCUACACCGAGCCCUUUGCGUCCACCUCGAGGGCCGUCUUCACGCUGCCGUACAAACCUUUUGCGUCACCUGUGUCCGACGACGAUGCCUUUGCAGACCCAGCUGUGCUCGCCCUGUACGACCAGGCGUGGAAGACCUGCAACAGCAAGAUCCAAUCGGUCCUCUCGAGCCUGCACGACGCGUCGCUCGACCAGAUCGUCGCCUACGUCCGCUCGCGCCCGAGCGAUGCCCAGUCGCUGUACGCCGCCCUCGGAGGAAGGGCGCCCGUCCGUUCGGGCCUCAUCAUCGGCGCCAGUCCCGGCUCGUCAUCCCUCCUCUACUCGUCCCUCACCCGCCAGCUCACCUCGCCUGCACCACGCCCACCGCCCGCUGCCGACGCCAACGACGACCCGUCGCCGGCCGACCACCCGCGCCCGUGCAUCGUGUCGCGCCUCGCGAGUCGCGACUGCAGCAACAUCAAGAAGGGCUGGGCACCGUCGACCCUCAAGAGCGCCAUGAUCGUCCCCGAGGACCUGCAGAACCUCCAGGCGUGGUACGAGCACCGGUUCGGCAAGAAGGAUUCGGAGGACGCGCCGACGCUCGUUGUGCUCCUCGAGGACCUCGAGGCGAUGGACGGCAAGGUCCUCACGCAGCUCAUCGACGCCCUAGCAUGCUACGCCGACCUCCUGCCGCUCACCCUCCUCAUCGGCAUCGCGACGACGGCCGACGCCUUCUUCAGCCUCGUGUCGCGCAAGACGGCCAACCAGCUCGACGCGGCGCGCUUCUUCGUCGACCCGGGCGUGAGCGCUUUCAACGCCCUCGUGCGCGGCCUCUUCGUCGACUGGAUGCCGCCGCUCGCGCUGGCGCCGAGGGCGUACACCGAGCUGUGGCGCACGUUCGAGGACUUCCACCACUCGAUCGACGCGACCAUCUCGUUCAUCCAGUACCUGUACAUGGCCCACUUUACGGCCCACCCCUGCGCGACCCUCACCCUUGAGCCGACCUCGUCGCCCUCGCCUCCUCACGCCCUCGACCCGCUCCCUGUACCCAUCCUCGCCGCCCUGCGCACCCUCCCCUCGUUCCAGUCCGCUCCGCCAACCUCGCCCAUCGCCGCCGCCCUCCUCGCGCACGACCCUCCCCUCCCGCUCGCUGCGCCAACCGCCGCCGCCGCCGCCGACGCACCGCCCCUCACGCCCUCGCAAGCCGUGUCGUGCGCGCGCUCAGGCCUGCGCACCUGGCACGCGCAGCGCAGCCUCGCGUUCGAGGCGCUCGUCGCGACGAUGGAGUUCUGGGACAAGCGCAAGCCGCUCGAGGGCGUGCUCGCGCUCGUGCUCGGGGCGGCGGACGGCGACGAGGGAGAAGGGACGGGGACGGGGACGAGGGCGGGCGAUUUGGGGAGGCUGGUGGACCGGUUGGGCGGGCUCGUGCUCCAAGCGUCGUCGACCAAGCUGCCGCACUUCCUGCGGUCCCUCUCGGCGCGCCUCGGCGCCUUUGUCGACUCGCACCCUUCCCUCGCCGCCGCCGCCGCCGCCGCCGUCGCCUCCCCCUCGUCCUCGUCCGCCGAUCCGCCUUCGUCGUCGCCCCUCAUCGACUUCCUCGCGGCGCAGCUCGCCGCGCUCGAGCCGCUCCUCGCCGCGCCUCGCGCGCCGGGCAAGAGCACCCUGUUCAACACGAACCUCGCCGGCGGGAUGGCGGCGGCGCUUGGCGGCAUGGGCGCGGCGGGAGGAGGAGGAGGGAGGGGAGCGGGAGAGGCGGAUCGCGAGUUUAGCAGGGUCGCGAGGGAGACGGCCGAGGGGCUCAAGGCGAGGCUCAAGACGGCGCUGCGACCGCCGACCGACUUGGUCCUGCACGAGCUGUGGUUCACGUCCGACCCGUCGGCCAUGAAGCGCCUGUACCCAACCCCGUUCCCCUCGCUCGUGCGACAGCUCACCAAGCUCGACCCGCUCGCCGACCCGGCGUACGCCCCGCCCGCGCUCGACAACGCCGACCAGCGGCCUGUCGACGAGCAGCCGAGCGACCUCGGCGUCGCGUGGCGCGUGUACCGCGACACGCACGCCCAGGGACGGUUGGUCAACUUGGGAGAGUGGUGGGCUGGGUGGGAGAUUGGUGCGGCGGAGGAGGAAGAGCGCGAGGGCGAGGGCGAGGGCGAGGGUUGGGGCGGGAGGACGGCGGGUUCGAGGGGCAGGAAGAGGGCGCGUACGGGGCGCGAGGAGGGCGGCGAAGGCGAUGAGGAGGGGGGCGGGAGCGAGGAGGACGAGGGCGAGAGGGCGAGCGACGACGACGAGGACGAGGGAGGGCCCGAGCGGAGGAAGCAGGCGCGGUUCCUGCGCGCCGUCGGCGACCUCGCCCACCUCGGCUUCAUCCACCCGACGACGUACAAGCCCGAGCACGUGCUCAAGAGCGUGUACUGAGCCCCCCUCCCACGCCCUGGCCCUCGCCCUCGCGCCUGCAACGAACGAGUACCUGCCCCGCUCCGGCUCGUCCCUCGUCCCGCCUGAGCGCGAGAGCGAGAACGAGAGCGCGGCGCGACACAGCGCUGCGCCCGCCGCUCACGCAGGCGCACCGCCGCCGCCGCCACGUCCGCCGCGGCCCCUCCCUCGCCCACCUCCUCCAUCUCCUCCUCCCCCUCCACGUCCACCACCGCCGCCGCCCCCUCUCGCACCACCUCGC